AUGCAGUAAUUAAAAGUGUUACUUAGCACGGAUGGAAGUUCUUUCUACAAGUAAUAUAUCGACACAAUAAUAGAAUUGGCCCAGAAUUUAAAAGAUAAACUUGGAGGUAUCGACUUAUCAGGGGCAUCGAAUAGCUUCAAAAGAUAAAAUAAAAUAAUACUUGACACGCUUGAAAUCAUUUAUCGUUAAAUUGGAAAAUUACUAUUAGUAUCAAAAGAAGAAAAAUUAGAACUUGAUAAAGUAAAACUAAAAAAGAGUGAUCUUAAGAUAAAUUAGGAAACUGAUAAUAAAAUAAAUAAGUUAGAUUAAAUCAUACAGAAGCAAUCUGAGUAUAAUUUAAAUCUAGCAUAGACAUCAAAUAAUAUUUUUAAGGAUUAUGAAAAAGUGAUUGAUGAUGGUAUCGGAAUGAGCAAGGAUAAUCUUGAAUAGCUGAACAAGAUAUAAGAUGAAACAUAAAGCCAGUUGACUGAUUAACUGAAUUUAACUCAGAAAAGUCUUUAAAAGUAGAUUGCUAGAGAUCAAAAUCAAUUAAUAAGUGAUAGUCUUUAGGAUAUAAGUUUUGAUGACAUCCAUAUCUAAAUGAACUCUGAGAAAUCUGAGCUGGAUAUAAUAAAUAAUAGUAUAGCCAAUUUUUAAAGCAAUGAAAAUUUGGAAUAGAUCCAGCAAUAGAUGAUUAAAAACUAGGUAAAGGUAGAUAAUUCUAAAAGUUCUCCUGGGUAACAGGGCAAGGAAAAUGAAGUAACAUCAAGAAUUACAGUAGGAAUAUUUGGUUAAUAAGUCAAAGGAGAAUGGAUUGAUGAAACUAUGCUUAAAUUUUUUCCUCCAAUCUUGAAGAAGGAUAAGUAGCAGGAAGAAGUGAUACCCGAGGAUAAUAAGUCAAAAAUUUCAAAUUUUAAAAAUAAUAGGAUAAUGCCAUAAUAGAUAUCUUUGAACAAUGAUAAGAAUGAGAUAACUCAAGUUUACCAUCAAUUAGUAUUCAAGGAUCAAGGAGGUUCUUAGUUCGUGACCUAUAAUUAACGAAUUAAUGGCAAGUAUUAGUCGAAAAGACUUAUGCUAGAUAUUAAUCCUAAGCUUGUCAUAGAAACCUCGGACUGCUUGAUCUUUGGAUCGGCAUUUGAAAUUCAAAAGUAUGAUCUCAAGAAUCAACGAAAAUCAAGAAAUAUUAUCAAGUUAGGUGACUUACUAACUAAGAUGAUUUUGCUUGGUGAAGAUUAUCUUUUAUGCUCUUAAACUAACUGCAAGAUGGAGCUCAUUAGCCUAAAGUAAGAGAACAUUUCAAAUAAGAUUCAGCUGCCUGAUGCUAAUUCUGUUUUGGAUUUAUCAUACAUUUCCUCCGAUGGAGAUGAUAUCUACUUUGCACUUGGACUCAACUGUACAGGGUUGAAUAAAGCUUAUAGUUUGAUAAUCAUGAGCCUUAAGAAAUCUAAUGAACAACUUGCUAUAUCCAAUGUUCCAAAUCAAUCUUACUUCUUAGGGAAAUCAAUUAACGCUUUGGCUACUAUUAACGAAUCAUUGCUUCUUCUUUGUAUCUUUUAAGAUCUUCAUCUUAAGUUAUUUGAUAGAAAAUCUGGCUAAACUCUUAGAGAAAUUAAAAAUUAUGCAACUGAUUAUAACUUCUGCUGCAUUAAGCAAGUACCUAAUUUUGAUCAUGAUAGACAAUCACUCCUUGUCCUUAAGACUACGAACUAAUUGGCAAUGGUUGAUGUGAAAGCAGGAACUAUUGAGCAGUUGGCUGAUGUCUAAUCUUCUAUACUGAAGCAAGACUAACUUUGCGUGAUAAGAGAUCAAGAUGAGCUUGUUAUUAUAUCAGAUAACAUGAUAUAAAAUGAGAUGACACUCAUGGAACUAACAUUUCCGAAUGUUUAUGCUUGA